GCUAUCCAUCACAAUGCCUGAGGUGGACUUUGACGCAGUGUUUGAUGCCCUGGACCUCUCCCGUCAAGGCUACCUCCUACCUGACCAACUUCAGGAGUUCUACCUGGCCCUGUACUAUGAACAGGUGGACAUCAGACAUGCGCAGGCAGCUGUAUCACAGAUAUGCGGGACUACCGCACAGGGCAGGUGCAGCAAGAAACACUUCGUCGACGUCCUCAUGGAACUCGAUCGCAGAAAAUGCCUAGAAGAAAAGGUCUACUGGGACUUCCAGGCGCUAGACAGGGACGGGAGUCACCGACUCCGUCCCAACGACGCGCUGCUUCUCUUCCGAGCGACCCACGGCGAGAAGUUCUCGUUCCGGAUGUGGAAUGAGUUUGUGGCGUCCCGCGUGGAUCCGGAGGACGACGUCUGUUUUGAUGAGAUGAAGAUGUGGCUGUGCAUGCUGCCGGAGGAGGGAGACCCUUGUGGGGAGGAGGAGGCACAGAAAGAGGAGGAAGAGCUAGUCAACAAGAGGACACAGAUGGACUGGGAGGAGCGGGAGGAACUCCUCAAAUUACAGGAAGAUGACCACACUCUUGCUGCUGAGGCCAGACAACAACACCAGUACCAGGCUGAGUUCAAGUACCAUGGUCGCAGGAAACUCAACAGGUGGAACAAAGGCGGUGUUGAGGCCGUUAUCUUUGAUGACGGGACAGACUGGGGAGAGGACAUGGAGCGGAGGGCCAGGGACAGGGUGGGGGUCACCGAGCUGCUGACCGCUCUGGACGAGAAGUACCGGCUACUGAGGGAGAGGCUGUUAGAGGAGAUGGUCAAGGUCAACAUUGGUGAGUUUCAGACUGAAAGUGAAGGAAACUGGCUGUCCCUGUCAGAGAGUGAAAGGCAGGAACAUGUGCUCCAGAUACAACUAAAGGCUGACCAGCUCUUCCAGAGCAAACAGCUAGAUCAGGCACCCACCCUGCCCGGCGGCGGACAGCCCCGUGACCAGAAUCUUUGGGCACUGAUGGGAGAGAUUUACGACGACCAGAAGAAGAGACAGGAGGACCAGAUGGAACAAACCAAGAGGUUUAUGGAGGAGGGGAGGUCUGAUGAGGAAAUUUAUCAGAUCCUGGAGAACAACUACAGAGACUUCAUCAGUGGGUCAACGACCACAGGUGACCUCCUGAGUGACCUCCAGCAGCGCUAUGAGCUAGAGAAGUCGACGCUGCUCGGUAAGCUGCAGGCGGACGGUAACCUGGUUCUGGGCGUGUCUGAGCGUAUCCUGGCGCUGGUGUACCUGAUGAGACAACACAGGUGUGCGAGGGACGAGGGCAACUUUGACACCGCCCUGCUCGCUACAGGGAUAGCAGAGAGGUUCCAGACAUACAGGGCUCAAAGGUAUGACAGUGACCGCAGCAGACAGGAACAGCUGGCAGCUGAGCGGCUGCGCCAGCGGAAGGGCAGGAGACAGGCGCAGGUGCCGGAGGAGGACCACGUCAAGAGCGGGAAGGGGCUGGGGGUCGUCGACCUGCAGCUGGCUGUGGGGAGGGAGGUGACCAGGAAACAGGCAGCAGAGAGAGAGGUUCUUAUCCAGCUGGUUCAAGGUCGGGAGGCGGCUCAUGCCAUCAAGACAGCGAGGAAGAUGAGCAGGGAACAGCGGGAGGAGAGGCUGAAGGAGCUGCGCAGGAAGAGGAACCAGUGGCGCGCACUACAUCUAUCUUUAUCAUAUCUCCUUUACGUUUGGAUUUCAAACAUGAUUUCCCAGGAAGCGGCAGGUCUGUACUGGGAGAGUCGUAGAGACACCCUGGGAGGCAGGAGUGUACAGGACAGCGUGGUGUCUGCCUCAGUGUUAGCAGAUGUGCAGCAGAAACAGGACAUGGAGUGGACCAACACACUUCUGGGCAUGCAGGGCAAGUCGGCUAAGGAGUUGAACCACCAGCGUAAGCAGGAGCAGCGUUCGUGUCGUGAGGAGUGGCUGGAUCAGCUGUCCGCCGUGGUGCUGGGCACGUUUGAGCUGUCCGACCAGGAGAAGGUGCUGUACACAGCUGUGGAGGAGAAGUACGACGCCCUCAGAGAGAAGUUGUUUGUGGUGUCCAUCCUGACCAACACCUCCUUACCUGAGGAGGAGAGACAACACGAGCUGGCCCGCAUGAAGGCUAAGGAACAGAACCUGAGACGGGAGGCCAACACUGAGGACAUGGCCGAGCUCUUAGGCCAACACUUCAAGACUCCUCCUGGGAUCAUGAAGCUAAUGGGAGAGCUGAGACUGUCGUUUGAGAAGCGGGUCUUCCGACACUUAAAGGACACUGGAAAGACUGCCGCAGAUCUUGAAGACAACUUUGACAUAGAAGAGCCCACCUACCCCGAGACGUCAGCCAACCCGCUGGCUGAGCUACACGAGAGGUUUGAGGAGGAGAUGGAGCUGAUCCUGACACUGCUACACGACAGCCAGGACAGUCACGACGCCAUCUAUCAGUCUGAGCUGGUAUGGCAGCGCAGGGAGAGACACAGGGUGGAGAAGGAGGGGAUGUUCAUCCCGGCAGCCCUCAUCGUGGGGCUGGCAGAGAGGAUACGGGCUUGGACCAGUGGCAGAUCUGUUGCAGACAAAGCGCGGUACCAGUCUGUGGCAGAGGAGCGGAUGAAUCACUUUGCGUACGAGAAGAACAACCUACAGGAAGAACUGAACGCAGAUGACCGAAGAGACCCAAACGAAGGUGACAUCGUCGGGUGGCAGCAGGUGGUGUUGCGAGCGCUGGACAACAAACACCUGGCGGAGAGACACCUGCUGCUGGGUCUCCUGGGAGACGAGACCAGCGAGGAGCUACGGGAGGUCGCCAGGGAGAUGGACAGUGACGAGAGGCGGAAGCGCCUGGUGGAGGUCAAGAUGAAGAAGAGGAAGUUUGACCUUGAGUCAGAAGCUUCAAGAGAUGAGAACUUCAGCAUUCUUGAAGAGGCCGCAGCUAUCAAAAGUGUCUCGAGAAAGUUCCGACUGGAGAACCAGCACCCUUCGCGGGAGAUCACCCAUCGCUACAUCACCACCACACUUCUGGCAGACCUGCACGAGGAACAGGACCUGGAGGCACAGGCUGUGUUCACUACACUCUCUUCUAAGUCUGAAGCUGAGCUGAGACGUCUGCGUGAACAGCAGACCAAGCUGCGGCAGUGGAACGCUGGAGACAAUGUGCUGAUCAUCCUCACCAGGUUCGAGGACAGCGGAGGCAGUGAUCUCAUGAGGAUACUCCAGAGGAAGCAUGAGAAGGAGCGUAAGGGUGGAACAGGUGAAUACAAGAAGGUCCUACAGGAAGCCGCCAUCGUGAAGUUACACAGCCGCAAGUCUUCCCUGGAGAAGGAGAAGGGAGUGUCUGUGUCCGAUGAUGAUGUGGUGGUGUCGGUUCUGAAGGACCUGUACCAUGAACAGGACAAGGAUCAGAAGAACGUCAUCGAACAGUCGGCAGUCAUGGGAGAGCCCACCCUGGCAGGGGUACAGAAGCAGUGUCUGGAGCUGCUGAAACAAGGACGCUCCGAGAAUGUCAGCGUCGUCGUUCUGGCGCCCGAGGUCACCAAGGAGGCGGGGCAGGACGAGUUGAUUGACGCGCUGGAAGGGAAGUACGACGCUCUGAGGGACAAGCUCAUUGCUGAAGCGCUCGCCAAACAGAUGGGAGAGGCCGAGUGGGCCCUGCUGUCAGAGCAGGAGCGGCAGGCCAGGCUCAUCAAGAUGAAACUGGAGCAGCGGAAACUGCGGCAGGAGGGUCGGCAGGAGGAGGCGGACGCCAUAUUGGCUCAACUCCUUAAAGACCAACAGAACCUUGAGAGUCUGAUGGGAGACACGAAGGCUGAGCAGGAGAGGAAGCUGAAGGAGCGGCUUGCCAGGAGGAGGAGGAGGCUGGAGGAGGGGAUGUCUGAGGAGGAGGCAGAGCAGCUGGAGCAGGAGGAGAUCAGGCAGGAGGAGGAGGAGGAGAAGAGGAAACAGCUGUCUGCAAACAUCCUGGCUGAUCUGGAGAAGAGAUAUGAGGAGGAAAAGGAAGCCCUAUUGGCCAGUUUAAAGACCGCAGACGCGCAGGUUGACAGCGAGAGGAAGCGGCAGGCAGAGCUGACCAGACUGAGGCUGGAACAGCGGCGAGCACGGCAGGAGGACAACUUUGAGGCGGCAGCAAUCGUGAUGGGACUGGCACAGUCAAGCGAAGCUGCAAAAGAGAAGGAGAGAGCCCGUCAGGAGCAGCUGGCCAGAGAGAGACUGGAGGAGAGGAGGAGGAGGAGGAAGGAGGGACAGGGGAGGGGGGAGCACACGGAGGAGGCAGUACCAGUACCGGAGGAUGAGGAGGAUGCUCUGGCCUGGCAGGAGGCGGUUGUCAGGGAGAUGGAGAAGAAACAUGCUGAGGAGAGGGAGAAACUGGUGGAGCUGCUGCAGACAGAGGGAUCGUCAGGCAGCUCAGGUCGCCAGAAGGCCCAGGCAGUGACAGAACAGGACAGACAGGACAGGCUGUUUGAGCUGGGUGAGAUCAGGAGAGACUGGAGGGAACAGAGCUCCGCUGAACUCUCGGAAACUCAGGACGAACAGGAGGAGAUAUUUGAGGAGUCCACAGCCCUGCGAGUGGAGUGCUGUCUGGUAGCCCUGCAGUCUGCUGAGGAGGGAAAGACGCUGAGCGAUGACGACAUUCACGUCUCACUGUUGGCUGAUCUACAGCAGCACCAGGACAAGGAGAGCCACUAUCUCUUACAGGACCUGGCUUCAAAGACCGUGGCCACACUAAAGCAGCUAAAGACGGUGCAGUACAGAGCACGUGCAGACAGGUGGUACGAUAACGUGGCGGCCGUACUGCUGACGGGCGGACGACCCAAGUCUCCGGAGGAGGGUGGUUCUGAAGGAGAACUGGUGAAGGCACUGGAGGACAAGUAUGAUGCCUUGAGGGACAAGCUCAUCAUGCAGGCUCUGAUUGACACCAUGGGUGAGGCUGAGUGGGCGGCCCUGUCAGAGAAGGAGAGACAGGCCCGCCUGGUGAAGAUGAAGCUACAGGAACGCCGGCUCAGACAGCAGGGCAAGUUUGACGAGGCCGCCGCUCUGUUAGGGGAGGGGAUCAAGAACCAAGAGGAGCUGGCCAGGCUGCUAGGAGAGGCCAGGGCGGACCAGAAGAAACAGCUGGAGGAGCGGUUGGCACGGCGACGGCAGCUGAAGGCUGAGAGAGAGGCCCAGGGACUCGCCACUGAUGAUGCCACACUGGAUGAGAUUCAAGAGGAGGAGGAGAAGAGGAAUCUUCCCAAGAACAUCCUGGCAGAACUUCAGAACAACUUUGAUGCGGAGAAAGAGGCUCUCCUGGCCAGUCUGCGUGGGCAAGACGAGAGGUUUGACUCUGAGAGGAAGCGGCAGUUGGAGCUCGCCCGUCUGCGCCGAGAACAGAAACGUCUGAACCAGGAGGACAAAUUCGACAGUGCCGCCAUCGUGUUCAGCAUUGCAAGGAGGAACGAAGCAGCAAAGGAAGCAAAUGUGGAGAAAGACAGAGAACGUCAGAAGCAGCUUGCCCAGGAGAGGCUGGCUGCCCGCAAGAAGAAGAAACAGGAACAAGCAGAUCUGACCAAUCGGGAGGCUCUGGAGGAACGUCUACGUCAGGAAGAGGAGGACCAAAGACUAGAGGAGGAAGAGGAGAAGACCAAGAUUGCAGAAGAAGGAGCAGUAGGUCUGCAGGUGGCUGUACUUACAGAGCUGGAGAAGAAGCACAGUGCAGAGAGAGACGUGCUGAUGCAGCUGGUACAGGCCGCCGAGGGUAACCAGGCAGGGAGGGCAGAGGUCAACAAGAUGGCUGACGAGGAACUGACGAGCAACUUGGAAAGCCUCCGCCACCAGCGCCAGGCGUGGCGACAGAGGGUAGCGGAAGGCGAAGAGGUCACCGAUGUCUCGGAACGAGCCAAGGUCCAGAGCGAGCAGAACCACUUCCUGGGGCAGGCCGUGCUCAUCGCCAUGGAAGGUAAAAGCAGAGAGCUGACUCCCCAGUCAGAAGGUAAGACACCAGAGGAGAUAACAGGCGAGGCCUCCGUGCUGCUCCUGGCAGAACUGCAGCAGAAACAAGAGGCAGAGGGGAACGCUCUCAACUCUGUGCUGUCUGGUUCACUGGAGGAAGACAUGUUGAAAAGCCUGAAGGACGAUCAGCGUAGAGCGCGUAGGGAAGGUUGGCUGGACAACCUGGCCGCCGUGGUGCUCGGACAAGCGAGCGACGCACAGGACAGGCCGGGCACUACGGACAGCACCAGUAGCCGGGAGGAGAAGGCCAUCAGUGGGCAGGAGGAGAAACAGAUGCAGGAGUUGGACGAUGAGCUGGAGCAACAGAAGCAGGAGCUCAUCAAGAAAGGGCAACUGGGUGAGGACAUCGAUGUGGAUGCAGCCAUGGCUGAACUAGAGAAGCAGUACAAGGCAAAGAAGGAGGCGCUAACCUCUGACAUGGCCCGUCAGCGUGCCCAGCUGAAGGAGCGGCUGGCGGCGCGGAAGGCGAAACGGGAGAACCAGAUGUACGAGGAGGACAUGGCGGCCGCCAUGAUCCAGCGCGCCUCCCAGCAGGCUGCACACCUCAGUCAGAUGGCUGCUGCUGACAAGGCCAAACAUGGAGACAAGCUGCAAGAGAGACUGGAAGCCAGGCGUGAGGCCAGGAGGCUGGCGGCAGAGGCCAAGAAAAAAGAAGAGGAGGAACAGAAGAGGAAGAAAUCUGAGAAGGGAGCCAUGCCUCCCGGAUUCUCCAUGCAGCGUGAGAAGACUGUCAUCAACGUGGACUUGUCCAAGGAGAAACAGAACGAGAUUCUGGAGUCACUCCGGUCAGACAAGGAGAAGGCUGAGAGAAAGCUUAUUAGGGAGAAAGAGCGUGCUUCUAUACAGGUCCAACACAAGCUGGAACAGCGCAGGAAGACGAGAGUCAGCGCUGCUCAGGAGGUCUUCACUCUGGGGGAGAGACAGAAGACCAUCCUAGAGAAGACACAACACGAGGACCGCCAGCGCCAGCUCACCAUGGUGAAGGAGCGUCUGGACAAGGUGAAGUACGAGCGCACCAUGACCAUCAAGGCACGGCAGCGCGCCAGCCAGGCCAAGUUCGAGGAGAUGCUCAACCCACAGGACGUGCAGCAGCUGUCCAGGGAUGAGAAGAUGAACCGUGCUGCUGAGGAGAUGAUGCGCAAGUUCCGCACAGAUGAGGCGGACGUAAAGUUAGGCGUGAAAAGUGUAACAUCCUCUGAAAAUCUGUUACGAGUUUCUUCAGUGGAUUCUGAUUCAGACACAGUGGCCUUUGCCCUGGACGACAGCGCAGACAGCGACUCUGUGAACAGCGGCGCGGAGGAAGGUGGGACCGCCGGCGAACAGGAAAGGCCGAAAACGCGGGGCAGGAUGACGGACGAGGAGAAGCGAAAGUUGAUGAAGGAACGCUUCCAGAAAAAAAAGGGGAGGAAGAGGACCCAAGAAGGGACUACAGAGGAGGGAUAAAUAGGAGCAAAGUAGUGCCUUGUAUGAUUGUUGUAUAGAUAUCAAACCAGUGUGGUAGACCUUUUUCUGCAAUAAACUAGUAGCCAGGAAUUAGUUUAACUAUUGAGUGCUUUUAAUUCUUUAAAGUAUGUGAAGAGAUUCGUAUAAAAUAAACUAUCCACCACUCAAAAUUCUGGACCAUAGCACUUCCAGAAUACUACACCUCAAUCUGUGACAUUCCAUUGCAGUACCGUAACAAAGCAAUAGGAGGCCUAGCCUGUUACCGAACUUGAUCUUUGUGUUUCCUACCUAAACCAAAUAUAAUGAAAAUUCAUCCACAAAUCCAUGUUGUUUACAAACACACAAACAAGCAAACAAACACACAAACAAACAUGCAUGCUCCUCUGCAGCACCAUAGAAAGCUUUCUUAAUGCAAGUUAUCAAACUUUUAAAAAUCUUUUUCUACCAGAUACCUAGCAAAUAUCAUGAUGGUACAUCAACAGCUUCUUGAAUUAUGCACACAUAGGUAAAUCCAUGGCCACUCCACUUUAGCAUAACUGAAAACACAACCUUCCUUGGUGAAGGUAAUGAUGAGAAUACGAGCGAUCGCUGUUGUUGUUUAUAUCUGGGGUAAUGGACGGUUGGUGCCUACCAGGACGUCAGCAGAUUGGAUUGAAAUUUGACAUUUAAAUUAGCAGAUCAAAUUACUGGUUAAUACGUAAAUCACGCUUUUGCCAAACACCUGCUUUUUGCCUACCAAUGCGUCAUCACGAUCGCUCGUAUUGGCAUGGUAGAUUUGAACUAGAUGAUGCAAUGUAAGUUGAUGUCCAACUGCACUCAGAGACAACCAUGUGACAUUGUUAUCCAAAAAUGUGCAAAGGACACAAAGAAGAAUCAAAUGCGAGAUAAGAGAGCUGUAUACUGAAACAAGGAAGCUACUCAAUAAAGUUUAUUAGAUUUAAUGGGAUGAUAAUUUUUCAAAUGGUUGCUAAGAAACAAUAAAUGUCUUCACCACUUUGCCUAAGGAUUGCUGUAUUGCUUUCAUAUGUAUACAUCUAUAUUUUAUAUUUAAGCAUUAGGAUAAGCUGUUGAAUCAUGUACGGAUAUUAGAGACGCACAAGAAUUAGAAGGUAUGAGGACACUGGUGCAACACAAUUAUUAACUAUGCAAUUAUUGACAGAAACAUAGAGAUGUGACAUUAUUAACAUUGCUCGAAAGACAAUGUGAAAAGGAUCAUAUUCUGCUUGUGUCAUAUGUGUUCACAAACCAACCAAGUUUUUAGUAUACAAUAGUCUUUUUUAAUGCAUAAACAUAUAUAGUAGUAUUAUGUGCCUUGCAUUGUUUCAGAAGAUGUAAAUUUUUCAAAAUGCAUUUUUUUACCAAUGGCCCUUACUAUUUGUAUAAUAUUAUGAAUGGAUGGAAAGAGCAGGCACUCAAAAAUGGUUCAGGAUGUAAAAAUCUCUAUAUUCUACAAGAACUUUUUCAAUAUCAAAGAUUUGAGGCCUUGGAGUGAUUCUAUCCCUUUUAUGGUUUUGUCUUACGGCUCACGCUUUUGAAUUUUCACCAUGUAUUGUCUUUUGCACAUUAAAAACCCAUCACAUUUGUAUAUUUC